GAUAAGGCCUUGAGUGUCAUGUUAAAACAGGAGUCAUCCUGUUGGAAAACGUGCGCACCCCCCCUCCCCUAUUAGUUUAUCCAGUUUUUAGUUUAUACGUGCUUUUCCAACACACAAACGACGAAGGUGCAAUAGUGUCGGCUUUUAUUAUUUUAUAAAGCCUUCGUGUACAUGCAUUUAUCGUGCCUUACAGUUUAAGAAGUGUGUCACACGGCGCACACACUGUAAAGUCCAGCAGUGCCGACAGCUGCAACAGGAGAAAACAAACAUGGCGGCCGGCUGCGCCUGGUUUCUUGUGCUGGGCUCGGUGUUCCUGUGCAACCUAAUGAAGACACUCCUGCCAACCAUAUCUUCUUUCCUGUCAAAGAUGGUUCAGAAGGAUGCUGAGCAGGAGAGUGAGAUGAGGGCUGAGAUCCAGGAGAUGAAGAAGGAGCACUCCUCUAUCAGCAUGAUGGAUGAAUUUGCUAGAUAUGCCAGACUGGAGCGAAAAAUCAAUAAGAUGACAGACAAGCUAAAGACACAUGUUAAAUCAAGAACAGCACAACAAGCAAAAAUGAAGUGGGUGGUGAACAUUGUAUUUUACAUACUGCAGGCUGCUCUGAUGAUCUCCUUGAUCUGGAAGUAUUACUCUGACCCGGUGACAGUGGUGCCUAGUAGAUGGAUAGCUCCUGUGGAGCGCCUUGUGGCAUUCCCAACAGGAGUGGCAGGUGGAGUGGGAAUCACAUGCUGGCUGGUGGUUUGCAACAAAGUAGUUACUCUUGGUUUGAAUGCCAUAAGUUAGUUGUAGUUCUGUUCAUGGAACAAUUAUAUACAUUUAUUUUACAACUCACUGCCCGACAUUUUUGUUGAUAAAUGUACAGAAGAACACUUUGUUUGUAUGUUGUUUGUUUCAACCUCAGCUGUUCAGAAUGCACUUGAAAUUGCAGGGGCUUUGGCAGUUUUGAAUUGUCACACAUGUAACAUGCUGAUACUGAUUUUUAUAAUUUUCUAUGCAUUUUAUUGUUAUUGUAAUUACUUUGUCUUAAGUUAAUUGUCAGGAUGUGUUUUUUUCCAGUACAAGGGUUUGGAAAUGUUGAACUAUCUUUUAAUAAUAAUAAAGAACACAACAAUAUAAUGCAACACCUUUA